UUAACUUCGUUACUUCGUGGUGACAUUAAAAGUUUUAAAAUGAUACUUAAACAGUUGUUUUACAUAUUAUUUACUAUAUCAUCAACAUCGACCCGCGAAUUGAAGCUAAAAAGCUACUUCUUUAGCACCUUAAAUCCAUCUGAGGGGAUCCAACUUGAUAUGUCCGAUCCCGUUCAAGUAGCGGAGGUACCAUUUAUCAAUGAUAAAGAAACAUUUAUUUACGUACACGGCAGGAAUGAUGAUGUACUAAGUAUAGCAAGUUCCGGUCAACAAUUAAAAUAUACUCUACUGCUAAACCACGAUAUCAACAUAUUCUUGGUCGAUUGGUCGAAUAUAGCAAACAGAUUUUUCUAUCCGAGUGUAAUAAAUGAAGUCGAUGACGUUGGUAAAGCCUUAGGAGAUUCCGUGUGGUCUAUGGUGGAAAAUAAUGGUUUGAUGUUAGCUAAUGUUACUAUGGCAGGUAACGCUAUAGGAGCCCAUGUAGUUGGAGUGGCUGGGCGAGAAUUGGACGGGGCUGUUAAACAAAUUAUUGGUCUUGCUCCGACUGAACCGGGAUUUUUCUUCGAAUCUUCGCCGCGAAUAUCGAACACCAGCGCCAAAUUUGUGGAGGUCAUCCACACGUCUGGUGUUCUUCUAGCACACGCUGGGCCGUUGGGACAUGCCGAUUAUUUCCCGAACGGGGGCCAGUUGCAACCGAUGUGCAUCACCAAAAUCCUGGGUAGUUGUUCGGAAAAAAUGGCGCUGACUUAUUACUUGGAAUCGCUUCUAAACGGAAAGUAUAUAGCGCUGAAUUGCAUGAAUUACGACAGUUUCAGAAACAAUGUCUGCGAAGACAAACCAGCAUCCUGGAUGGGUGGUUACGGUUUAGAUAAAGAUGCCAGAGGCCUCUACUUCUUGGACACCAACAAUUAUCCGCCAUACGCCAAAUACAGGAACUAAACUUGUUAAAAGAUUUCGAAUACGUACAAUAAAACC